AUUAAUUGUAUCGUCCACUCAGUACUCAAUUAAGAGGCCUGAUUAAGCUAUAUAUAUAUAAUUUUAUCCACAUACAAUAUAUAUAGUAGUAGAUGAGAUAGAUGUCGGAAGCAUCUAUAGCCAUGAAAAGAUUCAGUAGUAAUAAUAAAGCUUCAUCUUUCAGGGAAUUCUCGGCAGCCUACGCCGCUACUUCUGGUUUGUUGCCAAUAAGCUGCAGCAACAAUAAUUAUAAUAUUAUUGCUGGUGGGGGCGGCAAUUGCAAGCAGCUGCAUCGUAGUUCAUCAUCAGCAGCAGCUUCUAGACGACUACUACCACGCAGGUCAGUAGAGUUCCCAACCUCGCCCCAGCCAAACAAUGGCGGAGAGGAGAUGGUUCACAGCUCUCACGCAAAGCAUCCCCUGGUAGAGAUGACGCUCCCAGAACUGUUUACCUGCUCAGGGUGCAAGGAGUACGGCGCAGGGAAGAGGUAUGCUUGCCAACAAUGUAAUUUUCAGCUGCAUGACUUCUGUGCCCUCUCUCCUCCCUCUCUAAACACUCAUCCCUUGCAUGGACAGCACCAGCUCCUUUUCCAUGAUAAACCCAAACAAGUGAAAUCUGGAAUUACACGGGCAAAGUGUGAUGUAUGCGGGAAAUCCACCAAAGGGUUCACGUUCAGAUGCAGAGCUUGUAGUUUUCAGAUGCAUCCUUGCUGCGCUAUGCUUUCCACGGAGAUAAAGUAUCCGCCGCAUGCCCACCGCUUAAAGCUCUUACCGCCAUCAUCAGGUCUGCAGGGGAGUCCUGCUGCCGGUGAUCAACACGGACACGCGGCGGCAGUGUCAUGCGGUAAGUGCGGGAAGAAGAGAGCGGGACGGGUGUAUGGCUGCACAGCCUGCGAUUAUCAUUUACAUGCAGUUUGUGCCAAGGAAAUGAUGAAUGGUCUUCAAGAAAACGGAAUCAAUCCCCCAGAGAAGCCAAGCGUGCUUGGGACUGCCGUUAAGAUUGCGGGUCAGGUGGUUUUCGAGUUCAUCGGAGGGCUUAUAGAUGGAAUCGGCGAGGGGGUUGGAGAAGCCAUUGUUCAGAAUAUUUCUGGAGGUAGGGGCAGUGCUAGGAUCAGAGCCACGUAACGCCUUAAUUAUAUUAUAUAUAUUUACCCUACACCACCAUCCAACAUACAACUUUUCAUUAAAAAUAAUAAAUAAAUAUAAGGUGUACGUAAAAAGUAAAAUGGAUAAGUUAAAUUUUUAUUUAAAAAAAAAAAAAGUGUGGAUUCUUUAUGAAGCUUGUUUGUGUAUAUAUGUAUUUCAGAUUGAAAUAGGGAAUUCAGCUCCCAGAAUAGCUAGGUAGAUAGCAAGUGUUGAAGAGUAUUUACAUUAUAGAAUAUUGUUGGAGUGAAGAAUUACUGGAUAUGAUGUAACAGAUUUAAUGUCUUAGCUUGUAUAGUGCAGCUAGCAUGCAUGCAUAUAUAUAGAUAUAUAUUAUUGUC